AUGAACUUUCUCUCGAAGACAUUUACAUCUUUGACUGGUGGGUCAAUCCCAUACAACUUUGGUGAAGAACAAGUGCCCAAUCCUUCUUACAUUGCCCCAAUUUGGAAAAUUUAUGAUGGUACUAAAAAAGAUGAUGGCACACCAUGUACAAUAUUUGAAUUUGACAUUAAAGCACGUCCUGAUUUAUUACCAUUGGCCUCAAAUUCAUUGAGAAAAAUCAGAGGGAUAAGAUUACCUGGUAUUUUGAAAAUUUUGGAUACUUUUGAAAAUGAUUCAAAUUUAUAUAUUGUUUCUGAAAGAGUUCAAUCAUUAGCAAAUUAUUUGAAAAAUAAUGAAGAUUUAACAGAACAGAUUAAAUUGUUAGUUAUCCAUUCUGUUGCUAAAGCUAUUAAAUAUAUUAAUGUUGAAGGUUCUUCUGUAUUGGGAUAUUUGGAUUUUACAACAGUUUUUAUUAAUGAACGUGGUGAAUUUAAAUUAGGUGGGUUUGAAGUUGUCACAAAUUUAAAAAGUGAUCCUGAUCAAGCUUUGUAUAGAUUAUCAGGGAAACUAUCAGGGUUUAAUGAAUUAUUAUCACCAGAAGUUGCAUCAAAUGGUAUUGAUGUGUUGAGAGGUUCACAAGCUAUCAAAUUUGAUACGUGGAGAUUGGCUGUUUUCAUAUAUAAAUUAUUCAAUAUUGGUAAAUAUUCAAUCACAAAUGAUGAUAUAACAAAAGGUUCCAAAGUUCCAAGAAGUUUAUUAGCUGCUUACAAGAAGUUAAUUGCAUCAUCAGUAACAGUUAGACCUACGGUUGAUCAAUUAUUAAAAAAUGGUACAAAUUCUUAUUUUAAUACCGAUUUAAUUACAGCUUAUAAAGAACUUGAUGAAUUUCAAUUAAGAGAUGAUCAAGAAAAGUUACAAUUUUUCCAAAAUAUUGAAAAUGUCAAAAAUGAUGCUCCUCCAGGAUUCUUGGAAAAUAGAAUCAUACCUGAAUUAAUUACAUUUUUCACGCAAAGUCCAGAAAAUGCUGCGUUUGCACUACGUUUAAUCUUAACUUUUGGUGAUGCUUUACCAGAAAACAAUAAGAGCAUAAUUGUCAAACCAAUCAUCUUGAAAGCUUUUACUUUACCUGAUAGGCAAAUUCGUGUGUUAUUAUUAGCUUCAUUACCAAAAUUCAUGGAUGUUUUAACAAAAUCAGACAUUAGUGAUCGAAUUUUCCAACAUUUUGUUACUGGAUUUUCAGAUUCUAAUCCUGCAAUCAGAGAGGAAACUAUAAAAGCAGUUUUAUUAAUUGCACCAAAAUUAUCAGAGAGACAAUUAAAUAAUGAUUUAUUAAGAUUUUUAGCUAAAACUCAAAGUGAUGAAAAACCAGAAAUUAGAACAAAUACUACAAUUUGUCUUGGUAAAAUUGCUGAAUAUUUGAGUAAUUCUUCUAGAGCAUCUAUAUUGGCUACUGCUUUUGCCAAAGCCAUGAAAGAUCCUUUUAUUCACUCAAGAUUAGCGGCUAUUAUGGCAAUCACAAGUUGUAUAAACUAUUUCAGUCCUGAAGUUAUUAGUAAUAAGAUUCUUUCAGUUAUUGCACCUUCAUUGUUGGAUAAAAGUUCAAAAGUUAGAGAUGAAGCACAAAAGGCGUUUGAUCUAUUUUUCAAUAAGAUUAAAGAAGAAGCUUCAAAGUUACCACCUGAUAAUGACUCUACUGCUGAUGAAAAUGCAAUGGAUCAAGUUACUUCUGAUGUUCAAAAUUUUGGUUUAAAUUUUUCAAAUGCAUUAAAUAAGUUCACUGGUGGAUUUGGUGGCUCUUUGAAUCAAGAUGCUAAUAAUAACAUAACACCAACUGAUAGUAGAUCUACCACACCAUCAGUCGUUUCAUCGUUCCAAAAAGAACCAAUUGUUAAGAAUGAGCCUACAAAAGUUGAAUAUACUGAAAAUUGGGGUGCUGAUGAUGAUGAAAUUCAAAUUGAUGAUGAUGAUGGAUGGGGUGCUGAAGAUGAUGUUACGGAAUUCGAAGAAACACCAGUUGAACAACCAAAGAUUGUCAAACCUGUUGUUAAACCAAUGUUUGGAUCAACAUCAAAUACAGCAAGAUCUAAACCUGAUCCAAAGCCUAUAACUAGAACUAGAACUACAAGUGCACCUGCAAAGAAAGGUUUACAAUUGAAACCUAAGGCUAAAAGUAAAUUGAAACUUGAACUUGAUGAUACUGCAGGGGAUGAUGGUUGGGGUGAUGGUUGGUAA